UCCAUCGCCACCGUCAAGCGCUCUGCAGCGAGCAGGAAUGCUGGACUGAUGCUGCUGAUAUUUUUGUCAACGAUACUUCCGCUAAUCUAUGCUCAAGACUACGACGUGACGGACAUUCAGUGCUCCUUCGCGUCGCAAGGCUCGAGUGUGGGCGACACGAUCACGGCUCACCUGAAGAAGCCCAUGGGCUUCAAAGGCACACCACUUUUCGCUGACGAUCGCAGCAUCAACCCGGAGAACGAUGUGAAUUGCAUUAUCAAGCCAGACCUCAACGAUGCGUCCGAGCUUGGCUACAUGCUGAAGAUCCUGGAUUUCUCGCGCUGCGGCGUUCUCAGGCGCAACGGCUUCGUCCACGUGCGGAUAUGGUUCCCACAGUUCCCGGGUGUCGUGAUGCAAUCGGACCAAGAGUUGAUCAUCAUGUGCAAACCACCAGAACCAACGGUGAUCCAGAACAAGGCGGCCGGCUUCGCUGGGAGUUUUCCACAUGGAGCUAGAGUGUCUGGAGUGGUUGAAGAGACUCCAGGGAGGCUGGAAUAUGAGGUGGCGCUGUACAAGGAAGCUCCGCCCGUGGCGAGGAUCAGCGCUGCUCAUCUGAAGAACUCCUCCUUGGGCAAUCCAGUGACCAACAACGAAGUGCCCGUGGAUCAAGCGGUGCCCAUUGGUACAAAACUACAGCUCAGAGCACGGAUCAGCGCGCAGAGUGUGUGGAAGUACGUGAAGCUGAUGGAAGUGACGGUUUCGCCUGAUCCGGACGAUCCUCAUGCGAUCGGAUCCGUGGCUCUUGUGCGCGAAGGAUGCCGCAACAGAGACUUUGCCUCGAUCAUCCCUCAUCAACCUGCUCGCUACAGAGAACGCUCGAAUGAGGUAUUCCUGGACUUUGAGGCCUUCCUUCUGAGCUCCAUGAAGGAGAGAAGCACUCUCUGGAUCCAUUCCCAAAUCAAGGCUUGCAUGGAGGCUGCCGAUUGUCAGCCAGACUUCUGCCUUGAUCUCUUUGAACCAUCAGGUGAAGGACAAUCUUUUCCUAAUCCAGAUCUUUGUGAGACUGAAUGUUCUGUGUUUGCAGGCCAUGGAAGGAAGAGGAGAGCGAUCUCUGACAAGAAUGCCACCGAGUUCACCAAGUUUAAGGAGAACAUCGAGUAUACAGUGAUCAUGCCUGGAGAUUAUGAGAGUCUGAAAUCCAAUCAAUCCGAUCAAUGCAGGAGUUUUCUGUUCAUUUCGGCGCUCUUAUCCUUCCUUUUGGCGCUCUCAACGGUCAUUACCUGCGUUGCAGUUUUCAAGCUUCAAAACGGCAGGAAACACAUCGAGCAGUACAUGACGGGUCACAAAGGAUACGCCGGACGAGCGAUUGUGCAAUAGUUUCUAAGGAUGAUUUCUAUAUUGGGGACUGUAAAUUUCUAAUAAGAAUCUCUGAUCAUGAGUCUUUAAAUUUCGCACACUGCAAGGAAGUUUGGCUCUCGUUUUUCCACUUCUCUUGCCGGGUUCGAUCAGAAAUUCCUAUUGGAAUAGAAAAUAAUUCAUUUGAUACAGUAAUUUAUAUUUACAUCUAUUUAUUUGUAGUAUUAUAAGUGUGAGAAAAUGCCUCGCGCGAUUUCUUUUGACCAAUGAAGUGUAGUUAUAGGGAAUUUUUUGUAAGGAAUGAGUAAAAUAAAAGUUCACAUAGAACAUCAAAUAAAG